CGGCGAGGAGCAGCACCCGGAAGUGGCGGCCGGCGGGUGCCCCCGGCUGGGCGCGCGGGGCGGGAGGGGGAGGCGGGACAGCGGCGGCGGCCCCGGAGCUCCCGGUCCUGCUGCUCCCGGUCCUGCUGCUCGUCCCCGGGCCCUGCCAGCUGGCUGACUCAAACUGAGUUUUUUCUAAACAUCAUGGGAGAGAUUAAAGUCUCUCCCGACUAUAACUGGUUCAGAAGCACAGUUCCUCUUAAAAAGAUAAUAGUAGACGAUGAUGACAGUAAAGUCUGGUCACUGUAUGAUGCAGGGCCAAGGAGCAUUCGCUGCCCACUCAUAUUUCUCCCUCCUGUGAGUGGAACUGCAGAUGUGUUUUUCCAGCAAAUUCUGGCACUGACAGGAUGGGGCUACAGAGUUAUUGCUUUGCAGUAUCCAGUGUACUGGGAUCACCUCGAGUUCUGUGAUGGAUUCAGGAAACUCUUAGACCACCUUCAGCUGGAUAAAGUUCACCUUUUUGGAGCUUCUCUGGGAGGCUUUCUGGCUCAAAAGUUUGCUGAAUACACACACAAAUCUCCCAGAGUGCAAUCUCUGAUCUUGUGUAAUGCCUUUAGUGACACUUCUAUUUUCAAUCAGACAUGGACAGCAAACAGCUUUUGGCUGAUGCCUGCUUUUAUGCUGAAAAAGAUUGUCCUUGGGAAUUUUGCAUCUGGUCCUCUAGAUCCUGAAAUGGCGGACGGGGUUGAUUUCAUGGUGGACAGGCUGGAGAGCCUGGGCCAGAGUGAGCUGGCCUCAAGGCUCACCCUCAACUGCCAGAACUCCUAUGUAGAACCUCACAAAAUCCGAGACAUCCCUGUAACCAUUAUGGAUGUGUUCGACCAAAGUGCGCUUUCAACGGAAGCAAAAGAAGAAAUGUAUAAACUUUAUCCUAAUGCCAGAAGAGCUCACCUCAAAACAGGAGGCAACUUCCCCUACCUCUGCAGGAGUGCUGAGGUCAACCUGUACAUUCAAAUCCAUUUGCUGCAGUUCCACGGUACCCGGUAUGCAGCCAUCGAUCCCUCCAUGGUCAGCGCAGAAGAGCUGGAAGUGCAAAAAAUCAGCCUUCACACCAGCAACGAGCAAGAGGAGCAGUAGACUUGGGAGUGCCAGUGACACAGAGGCAUUGGUUUGGUGGUCUUCCUGUGUACAAUCAACUGUUCCCACUCUGCCUUUUCCCUUGUGUUAGCCGAUUAUCACUGUGUGAUUCCAACAGGAUCAGCAGUCAGUGAACUACCCCUGGACAGCAACCUCCAGCAAUGUAAUGGGAUAGAUCUGUUUAAUUUUUAGUCUUUGGAUUCAAGGAAGCAUCUUUGAAGACUACACUUUUAAAAAUAAUGACAUUUUUUCUACCAAAGUCUUCACUAUAUCAUGUUCUUAAGCAGAACGGUAUUUCUUUUUAUAUUUUUCACUCAGCUGUAUAUAUUACCACAUGCAGAUUGUGUACUUAUAAGCUGACAUAUAUUUUUGUUGAAUAUUUGAUUUAAAAGAUGUUUAAGUGUCAAUGUUGCCAUCACUUAUUUGCUUCGUACAUUGUGUUGUAAGUUAGUUUGUUUCUAUUUGAAAUAAAGCAUUUGAAUUUUUAACUUU